AUAUAUGACUUCUAUUCAUUUUAAACACAGAUUCCUACUUGAAGUAUAAUCGAAGAUGUUUUAUAGAAACUCCAUAAAAUUAGCUGUCCGAAGCUACUCAAUUGAAGCUUCUUCCAAGGUUAUCUCCACAUUGAAAAACCCCUCCCUUUUCAAGACUCUGGGUUAUAUCAAUGGGGAAUGGAUUACUGGGAAUGAUACAAUUGAAGUUCACAAUCCAGCAUCAUUCCCUGAUCCAACGUCUAAAAUUGCUGACGUGGCAUCUCUUUCAGCUACGGAUUAUGAAAAUGCAAUUGAAGCAGCUUCGAAUGCCUUUGCAACAUUCAAGAAAACUACUGGUAGACAUAGAUCUGAACUUUUGCUCAAUUUAUAUCAAUUGAUGAAGGAAAAUCAAGAUGAUUUAGCUAAAUUGAUAGUCUUGGAAAAUGGAAAACCUUAUGCUGAUGCAUAUGGAGAAAUUACAUAUGCUGCAAGUUUCUUCCAAUGGUUUGCAGAAGAAGCUCCACGAGUGGCUGGGGAUAUAAUCCCCUCGUCGAAUGGUUCGAACCGGAUUUUGGCAUUAAGACAGCCAAUUGGUGUUUGCGGAAUCAUCACCCCUUGGAAUUUCCCUGCUGCCAUGAUCACAAGAAAAUUAGGAGCUGCUGUGGCCGCAGGGUGUACAACUGUUAUCAAGCCAGCAUCAGAAACCCCCUUGUCUGCAUUGGCUCUUGCACAUCUUCUGGAACUUGCUGGAUUUCCUAAAGGUGUUGUGAAUGUACUUCCUAGUAGUGAUGCACCAGCUGCUGGGAAAUUACUUUGUGAGCAUCCAAAAAUUAAAAAGGUUUCAUUCACAGGAUCAACAAACGUUGGUAAAGUUUUAAUGGGUCAAUCAUCGUCCACAUUAAAGAAAUUAUCUAUGGAAUUGGGAGGAAAUGCACCAUUUAUUGUUUUCGAUGAUGCGGAUGUCGACAAGGCUGUAGAUGGAGCAAUUGCAUCAAAGUUCCGCAGUAGUGGACAAACGUGUAUUUGUGCCAAUAGACUCUUUAUUCAUGAAUCCGUUUAUGAUGAAUUUUCUACAAAAUUUACUGAAAAAUUACGUAAAACAGUGAAGAUUGGAUAUGGUCUCGAAGAGGGAAUCACCCAUGGUCCAGUUAUUCAUUCUAAGUCAAUGUCAAAGGUCAGACAACAUAUUGACGAUGCAGUAUCUAAAGGAGCUAAGGUCUUACUUGGUGGCAGUAAACUCCCAGAAAUCGGUGAAAAUUUCCAUGAAUUGACAGUAUUGGGAGAUGUAACUUCAGAUAUGCUUAUUUCACAAGAAGAAACAUUUGGGCCUGUUGCUCCAUUGAUCAAAUUCUCAUCAGAGGAAGAAGUACUCCAAGCUGCUAACACUCCAGAUGUUGGAUUAGCAGGAUAUUUCUAUUCAACCGACGUUUCUCGGAUAUUUAGAGUUGCAGAGGAAUUAGAAGUAGGAAUGUUAGGUGCCAACACUGGUGCUAUCUCAGAAGCUGCUUUACCAUUUGGUGGAGUUAAACAGUCUGGAUUUGGCAGAGAAGGCUCAAAGUUCGGAAUUGAGGAUUAUACAAUUGUCAAGGGUCUUGUAUUAAAUAUCGCUUGAUAUAUUUUCAAUAUAGGUUACUAAAAGAAGGAUAAAUCAAAUAGUGGUUAGUGGAUAGUUCUUUGUCUUUUAUUAAUAUACAUCUAC